UCUUUAUUGUUUUAAUGUCCAGCCUAACACAGUACAUGCAAGCCACAUGGCAUUGCUCUUCCCUAUUUUCACUCCAUCCUUCCUCCUUCCCACAGGGAUGCUGCCAUGCAAUACAGUGACUGGGCUGAAGGCAACCACACCACAGUGACCCACUUCAUCCUCCUCGGCCUGACAAGCGAGCCCAAGCUGCUGACUCCUCUCUUUGUAAUCUUCUUCGUGAUUUAUCUCAUCACUCUCACGGGCAACCUUGGGCUGAUGGCACUGAUCAAGACAAGCCCCCCGCUUCACACCCCCAUGUACUUCUUCCUCUGCAAUCUCUCUGUUGUCGAUCUUUGCUACUCCUCUGUCUUUGCUCCAAAGCUGCUUCUUGGCUUCUUGGUGGAAAACAAAACCAUCUCUUACCCUGCCUGCUUCCUGCAGCAUUUCUUCUUCCUCAUGUUUGUGACCACAGAGGUGUUCUUGCUGGCUGUGAUGGCUUACGACCGCUAUGUAGCCAUCUGCAACCCACUGCUCUACACGGUUUCCAUGCCCCAGGGGCUCUGUGUUCAGCUGGUGGCUGCAUCAUACAUGGGGGGGAUUUUGAACUCCCUAAUCCAAACCUGUUGCUUGCUGCUGUUGCCUUUCUGUGGUCCAAACACCAUCAACCAUUACUUCUGUGACACUAACCCUCUGCUGAAGCUCUCGUGCUCCGACAGCCACCUCAAUGAGCUUUUGCUUGUAAUUCUUAAUGGGACCAUUUCCAUGUCUGUGCUUGUCCUCAUCAUCACCUCCUAUGUAUAUAUCCUCUUGUCCAUCCUGAGGAUUAGGUCUGCUGAAGGAAGGCACAAAGCCUUCUCUACUUGUGCCUCCCACCUCCUGGCCGUUACCUUGUUCUAUGUCCCUGCUGGGCUCAGCCACAUGCAAUCAGCUUCCAAGUACUCGCUGGAGACAGAGAAAGUCACCGCUGUGUUUUACACCCUCAUUGUCCCUAUGCUCAACCCCCUGAUCUACAGCUUGAGGAACAAGGAUGUUAAAGAUGCCCUUAGAAAAGCAACAGCAAAUAACCUCAUUGCGAGCUGCUCACUGACCAAACCGGUCCCAAUCGGUUGAUGGAACUCCUACUCUUUCCCUUUUUAACUCGUUUUGUGUCAGCUGUCUGGAGGAGGAAGGAACUGAAUGUAUUUAGAGGAGCAGGUACAGCACAUUCUAACCAUGCUUUAAACUCUGCAGAGACUCAGUGAUGUUAAGCAUCCCCUCAGUAUAGGUCCCUGAUAAAUAUUCUCUUGUCAUCUCUUGGUUGUUUUUUUGGGGGGGAAAAAAGAUGUG